AUGAGGACUUUUCAUACACCUCUUACUAUCAUUGAGACGCUCGCCAAGACUCAUGGGGAUGCUGCGGCAGUGAGAUAUCUGUUACCUGAUUCUUCUACUGAGUACAAGACCAUCACUUAUGCUGAGUACCGUAAUGAUGUCGAGAAUGUAGCAAAAGCCUGGGUGUCUGUAUUGACCCAGGCAGGCAUUGCGAAAGGUGCUGUAGUGGGAAUCUGGAUGAGAGGAUGGUCAUACCAGGAUCUUCUACACUAUUUGUCUCUCCAAAGAGCCGGUUUUAUUCCGCAGCUCUUCUCACUUCGUAUGACGAACCCAGUUGUUGUUUAUGAACUCCUAGGCAAGAGCAAUGCCGCGGCCUUAAUCUACGAUGCAAGCUGCGAGUCGCUUGUGAAAGAUUGUCCUCUUCCAGCAUUUCCUAGUAACGGCGCUUUGGGUAGGGCCGUGCCGCAGGACGUUGAGCUCGAUGAAGUGACUACUGCUUUGAAUGGUGAUCAAGUUUCGGCCGUCUUUCAUACCUCGGGUUCAACAUCUGGAAUGCCAAAGCUUGUUCCCACCACUGUCAGAUGGAUGGACUGUUUGAUUCGCAAGAACAAACCAUAUACCCGCAGCGGACCGCAGCCUGUGUACUGCCUCAUGGGUUCUCAUGCCCAUGUUGGCAACACCAUCAAUCUUGCAGAAGCGCUAGCUAUCGCAGGCUGUUUAAUCGCCCCCAGGAGUAUUCCCUAUCCAACUUCUGAGUUGCAGAGCAUGAUUACCCAUGGUGGUUUGACGGCCUUUUACAUCUUCCCAGUUCUUCUCUCUGUCUUCAUCAGAGAAGCACGCACCAACACCGUUUUACUCGAGCAACUUCGUAGUUUGCAUCACAUCUUUCACGCUGGGCAAGUUCUGGAGCCGUCGGAUCAGGCGUGGGCUCACCAACAAGGGCUUAAGGUUUUUGAUACCUACGGUUCCACCGAGAUCGGACUAUCAAUGAGAGUAUCUGCUACUUCCAAAUACCUCACUCCAUUUCCAGAAUCAGGCUGUGAAUUCAUCCCUCUGGGUGGGGACUCAUCUUCAUCAGAUCAACUUCUUGAACUUGUCAUCCCUGCCGAUGCGGAUGACUGUCCUCAUCCUUCACUCAGAAAUAAGGAAGACGGCAAAUUCCAUACUGGUGACCUCUUCCAACGAGUCGGCGACGAUCAGUACUCAUACAAAGGACGAGUCGACGAUAGAAUCAAGAUGCAGCUGUCUCUGGUAUGUGACGCGGGAUCGCUUGAAGCAGAAGCAAUGCAAGUUUGUGAGGCCGAUCUGAUUUCCGCUGUAUCUGUCAUCGGAUACGGACGUCCCAGUCCAGCAAUUAUUGUCGAGCCCAAGAAUGACGACAUAUUAGAGUCAGGAAACAAGGGUUUGACAAAAUUCAAGGAAGAAAUCCUGCGCAGGAUAUCGCCGUUUCAUGAGCGCAAGUAUCUCCACGAGCGAAUAGAUGAUCCACGCCUGGUCUUUGUUGUCCCCCAAGGAGCAUUGCCCAGAACAGCAAAGGGAAACAUUAUGAGAAAGGCGGUGGAAGAUAUGUUCCUUGAUGAUCUAGAGAAGAGCUUUGGGGCUAUUUUAUCUGCGUAA